CAGCGGUAAUUGCAGCUAGAACAAACUUCACACGCGCUCCUCUCUCUCUCUCUCUCUCUCUCUCUCUCUCUCUCUAAAAAAUGCUUGAAAAGAGUACACAGAACCCUCGAACAGAGGGAGUGAAAGCUAAAAGAUAAAGUGUUUAAACUCUCACCAACCUUCUUUGAACUCUCUCUCACUCUCUCUCUCUCUCUCUCUCUCUCCCCUCUUUAUAUUCUCAGCUCACAAGCAGAAAACCUGUUUGCUCUCCUCUCUCUCUCUCACUGUAAAACAAUGAAUAAACAGGAGAUGAUGAAGCUUCAGACCUGUGUUCUCAAGGUUAAUAUUGACUGUGAUGGAUGCAAGCAUAAGAUAAAGAAAUUGCUGCAGAAAAUCGAUGGUGUGUACACAACAAGUAUAGAUGCAGAGCAUAGCAAGGUGACUGUGACAGGGAAUGUUGAUCCAAACACAAUCAUCAAGAAACUUGCAAAAAUGGGGAAACAUGCAGAACUCUGGGGAGGUUCGAAGGGUUCAAAUUUCAAUCAAGCCCAGCUCAACAACCAGUUCAAGAACAUGGCUAUGCCGGUCCAGAACGCGAAGGGCGGUGGCCACCAGCAACAUCCACAAAAGGGCGGAGGAGGCCAUCAGCAACAACCACAAAAGGGCGGAGGAGGUCACCAGCAGCAACACCAACAAAUGAAAGGGGGUAAUGGUAAUGUUAUGAAGGCGCCUCAGAAGGACCAGAAGUCUGUGAAGUUCAAUCUGCCGGUAGAAGGGGACGAAUUUGACGGUAGCGAUUUCGAUGAGUAUGACGAUGAAUUUGAUGAUGAGUUUGAUGAUGAUGAAUUCGAUGAUGAUGAUUACGAUGAGGAGGAAGAGCUUGAUCAUGGACAUCAUCAGAUGGCUAAGAACAAGGCGAUGGGUAAUAUUGGAAAUGGGGCACAAGGAGGUCCUUAUGGGAAGAUGAUGCCGAUGAUGGGUGGUAAUAAUGGCCAUGGGCCACAGGUGCCUGCUGGGAUGAUGAAUAUGUUGCAUGCGAUGAACGACAAGAAGUUAGGUGGCGGUGGCGGUGGUGGGGGCGGCGGUGGGGGAGGGUCUGCCAAGAAAGGCGCUGUGAUUGAUUUCCCUGUGCAAGUAAAGGGAAUGGGUGGAAAUAACGAAAAGAAGAAUGGCAAGGACGGAAAUGGAGGAAAGAAAAGCGGUGGAAAUAGCAAGGGUGGGGAUAAGAAACAAGGUGGUAAAGGUAAGACAGAGGGCAAAGAUGGCAAAAAAGGAGGUGGCUUGCUAGGGUGGCUUAGCCGGAGUACGAGUAUCGGACGAGGAGGUUCGAAAGGCGGUGGCGACGAGAAAAGUAAGGGCAAGGGCAAUGGAGGCAAAAAGGGUGGGGGCAAACAUGAGAAAAAUGAUUUUCAUGACAUUGAUUUCAAUGGCAAAGGAGGCAAAGGAGGCAAGGGUGGGAAAGAAGGCAAGGAGGGCAAAGAUGGAAAAGGAGGCAAAGGUGGCAAAGGAGGCAGAGGGGGCAAAGGUGGCAAAGGCAGUGAUGAUGAUGAUGAGGAUAUGCAACAAAUGGGUUACAUGGGCCGAAAGGGCCAGAUGGGUCAAAUGGGUCAUGUGGGAAAUAUGGGUCAAAUGGGGCAGAUGCCUCAAAUGGGCCAAAUGGGGCGCGGUGGUGAGAAUAUGGGCCAAAUGGGUCAAAUGGGUCAAAUGGGUAGCUAUCCGAUGGGGCAGAUGGGUAAUGUUCCUGCAGUACAAGGACUGCCUGCACAGGCGAUGAUGAACGGCGGAGGGGGAUACUAUCAAGGCGGUAUGGGGGCCGGCAACCCAUAUAAUCAGCAGCAGCAGCAGCAAUACAUGGCCAUGAUGAUGAAUCAGCAGAGAGCAGCAGCCAAUGGUGGAAAUGAUAUGUACCAUCCAAUGAUGUACCCCCGUCAGCCGCCACCACCGAUGAACUACAUGCCCCAACAGCCAAUGCCAUCAGGACCUGCAUCUGAUCCUUAUGGCAACUACUUCAGUGAUGAGAACCCUAAUGGUUGUAGUAUCAUGUAAAAAUAAUUUCUAUUUUUGCGGUUUUAUGUAUUUACUUGUUUUCUAGGAUCAUUGUGUUGUGGUGCUAAUCCGAAAGUAUUUUGGAAGCAUGGAAGGAAGUAGCAUUCUUAUCCUACUUGGUAAAUGGUAAUGAGCAAAUUUUUGUAGCCUGGUAAAUGGUAUUUGCUUAAACCUAUUCAAUGAGUGAAUGAUUAGCUUCUCAUCCGAAAUUUUCUAGGGGACAAAUACGUAUGAACUACAAUUGUAAUUUCAGGUGUUUGUAUUGAGGACGUUUUGUAAUUUCAGGUGUUUGUAUUGAGUACGUGUUCGAUAUGUAAUUAACGUUUCAUACGA